ACAUAGACAGAAUGGAAUAAAAACAAAACACAGUCACAGAUAAAACGUCAUAGUGUGGGGAGUGAAGAAAGUAAUGGCUUCUUCUAGUUCUGUUUCUCAAGAAGAUAUGGCUUCAGUGGCCACACAAAUCUGCAACCAAAUAUCCUCCAUAUUUUCAACCCCCACUCAUCCAUACCCACCACCACUUGACCUCUUACUAACCGAACUCUCCACCAUCUCCUCUCAAAACGGCCGCGUUUUCCUCUACGGUGUUGGCCGCGAAGGCCUAAUGCUCAAAGCCUUCUGCAUGCGCUUAGCCCAUCUGGGCCUCUCAGCCCACCUAGUCUUCGACAUGACCACUCCUCCAAUCACCACCAAUGAUCUCCUCAUUGCCUCCGCUGGUCCAGGCGGCUUCUCCACUGUCGAUGCUAUAUGCUCAGUAGCACGAUCCAACGGUGGAAGAGUGCUUCUUCUGACUGCUCAGCCAGAGACAGGGUCCUGUGUGAAGCAUGCUAGUGUGGUGGCUUACGUGCCUGCAAAGACUAUGGCGAAUGAUAAAGAUGAAGAGGAUGUGAAAUCAAGACCGUUGCUUCCUAUGGGGAGUGUGUAUGAAGGUGCACUGUUUGUGUUGUUUGAGAUGGCUGUGUAUAAGUUAGGGGAUAUUUUAGGUGAGAGUCCUGAAGCCGUUCGAUCACGUCAUACUAAUCUGGAAUGAAAUUGUAUUAGUCUAUUAGCUGUUUGAUUUUGCUGUGUAAAUGCAUGAUUAUAAAUGAAAAUAAAUUGGAGAAAAAUUAGUCUAUCCAUCCUUGAAA